AUGAUGGCUCAAUAUGACUCUGAUAAAAAUAAUGAACUUUCAAGAGAAGAAGUAUUAGAUAGAUUCAAAAAAACUGGUGUCGCUGCUCCAGUUGAGUCCAGAAGAGAACCUUUCCAAGAGCCUCAAUUAAGUGAUAACGAAGAUAAGAAAGAGGAAGUAAAAUACGACUGGAAAGAGUGUUUCCCCACUCUUGACGAAAGUAGUUUCAUUUCACCUGAAGAAAUUAUCCUGCUUCAAGAUGAUAUUAAUUCAUAUGUUAAGGCUUUCCCUCUCCCAGAAUGGUUUGAUAGUAAAGUACCAAGCUUCAGUUACCCUAAAGGGGCCGUACCUUCAGAAAAUUGUAAAAAUAUUGACAAGGUUUUACAAGUCAUUAAUUUAUAUUGUUUUACCAUUAACAGUACGAAAAUGUCAUUAAUACGAUGA